AUGGGUCUCAUCAAGAAGGUGACCCAUUGGUCUUAUGAUAAUUUAAUUGAUUAUCUCUCAGUGAACCCUACAAGAGAUGAAGUGACUCACUAUAAAGUCGAUCCGCAAAAUGAAUCUGAUGAGUCUAUUAUGAAACUACGCACGGUGAAGGAUUUUGGCAGUAUCACCUGCUUGGAUUAUUCAGAAUCGGAAAUCGGCAUAAUUGGUGUUGGUGAAAAGAACGGGUACUUAAGAAUUUUUAACAUAGCUGGGUCAAAUUUCUCAUCCUUUACAAAUCAGGCCUUAGCGGGCUCAUACGCUAAUAACGACAAUUCUAUAACAAAUGCUAGUGGUAGCAAAGCGGCGCAGGCAGAAAAUACGGUUGGCUCUAUUCCAAAUGCUAAAGAUACCCAAGGAUAUACGGAAUCAGAAACCAAUUAUGAUAUACGCGUACGAGCCAAAAAGCAGCGGUGUAUAAAUUCACUGGGCAUAAAUACAAACGGACUUAUAGCUAUGGGGCUUGAUAGAAAUAAGCACGAUUCAUCUUUGCAAAUUUGGGACAUGAAUUAUCAUGAUGAUUCGCACGAAACGAUAAAUCCAAUGUUUAGUUUCUGCACAAAUGAAAGCAUACUGUCCCUAAAAUUCUUAAAUGAUACAAGUAUAUUGGCUGCAAGUACAAAAUUUUUAAAAGAAAUUGACGUUAGGGCCCCGAAUCCAAUUUAUCAACAUCCGACACGUUUAACAUAUGACAUCAAACUGAAUCCAUUUAAUGAUUGGCAAUUUAGCACCUAUGGGGAUGAUGGGACCUUAGCUAUCUGGGAUAGAAGAAAACUGUCCGACCAAGCCGCACUUGGUGACUCAAAUGUAGCAUCUCCUUUAUUAACGUUUGAAAAAUUGGUCGGAUCUGGUGCAGCUUCAAGAAAAUACAUGAACUCUUGCUUUAGAUGGUCAUGUGUUAGAAAUAAUGAAUUUGCAACUUUACAUAGAGGUGACACCAUCAAAAGAUGGAGGUUGGGCUAUUAUGCUAAUGACAAUAAAGAUGUUAAGGACGAUGAAAAUAAUGGAAAUAAUGUUGAAAACUUAUUUGUUUCCUCUGUACAUGAUACAAAUACGAUGUACGAUAGGGUUGCCACCUUUGAUUAUAUUCCACGAGGUAAUAAUGGCACGAGUUUGAUUUGCAUGAGGCAAUCAGGGACAAUUUACAGAAUGCCAAUUACAGAAAUAUGCUCCAAGGCUAUCCUCAACAAUAGAAACUCCCUUUUAUUAUCAAAUUUCGAAAAUGCUGAGAUAGAUGAGAUCAGAGUUUCCAAUGAGCACGAAAAGUCCAAUCUAGAAAAUGUGAAAACCGUGUUAAAAAAUUUAUCAUUCGAAGAUUUGGAUGUUAGCGAAGAUUACUUCCCGUCAGAGCACGACGAACAAAAUAACGAGAUUGAAUAUUCUGAAUUAAGCGAAGAGGAAAAUGAAGAAGGUAAUGAUAUUCUCGACAGUAAACGUGGAUUUGAAUUAUUUUGGAAGCCCGAGAAGCUUUUAGAAAAAGACAUAUGUGUGAUAAUGAGAACAAGAGCUUCACUGGGAUACGGCUUGGACCCAAUGAAUACAGUUGAGAUGAUUGAUUCUUCCAAAAAUUUACAAAAUAAUGCUUAUAUAAGAAACACUUGGAGAUGGAUUGCAAUCGCUAAAGCCUCUGUUGACGAUGGUACAAUGGUCUCUGGUGAUCUUGAUUUAGGCUACGAAGGAGUAAUUGGUAUUUGGAAUGGUAUCAACGGGAUAUCCAAUCAAGAUAGAUAUAGACAAGAAACAAUUCUUUCUGAUAAACAACUCAAUAAAGAAAUGGAGAAAAUCAUCAAAUUAAGGAGGAAAAAUAGAGAUCGGAACUCUCCUGUUACCAACGUUGCUGAUUCGCCAAAGUAUGUACAAAGAAGGCUUUGUCUGAUCAUUUCUGGAUGGGAUCUUUCCAGAUCUGAUUAUGAGGACAAAUAUAACAUAAUCAUAAAGAAUGGUCAUUACGAGAAGGCCGCUGCUUGGGCGGUAUUUUUUGGAGACAUUCCGAAAGCUGUGGAAAUAUUAGGUUCUGCAAAAAAGGAAAGAUUGAGAUUGAUUGCCACUGCUAUUGCAGGUUAUUUGGCAUACAAGGACCAACCAGGCAAUAAUGCAUGGAGGCAGCAAUGCAGGAAAAUGUCCUCCGAAUUAGACGAUCCUUAUUUGAGAGUUAUUUUUGCAUUUAUUGCAGAUAAUGAUUGGUGGGAUAUUCUUUAUGAACCCGCCAUAUCUUUGAGAGAACGGCUAGGCGUGGCUCUAAGAUUUCUAAAUGAUACAGAUCUAAGCACUUUCUUAGAAAGAACUUCAUCCACGGUUAUUGAAAACGGUGAAUUAGAAGGCCUAAUUCUUACUGGAAUAACUCCAAAUGGUAUCGAUUUACUGCAAUCUUAUGUUAAUAAAACGAGCGAUGUCCAAAGUGCUGCUCUAAUUUCAAUUUUUGGCUCGCCAAGAUAUUUCCGUGACCAACGAGUAGAUGAAUGGAUACAAACUUAUAGAGAUAUGCUCAAAUCUUGGGAAUUUUUUUCCAUGCGGGCUAGAUUCGAUGUUCUAAGAUCAAAGUUAUCGAGAACUAAAACUGGGGUAUUAACUGCAGAUAUAAAACCUCGUCAAAUAUAUAUUCAAUGCCAAAACUGUAAGCAAAAUAUCAAUACGCCACGCACAUCCCCGCCUUCUAGCUCGACAUCAACAAAUGAUGGAAAUUAUAGGAACGGCGAAACAUAUAGAAGAACUAACAGUGACUACAAAAAAUUCAAUAAUGGAAGCUUCGAAACGCCAACGGCUGACGAAAAGCCCAGGCAUAAGUAUUGCUGUCCACACUGUGGAUCCUCCUUUCCGAGAUGUGCGAUAUGUCUCAUGCCUCUAGGAACGUCAAACCUACCUUUCGUGAUAAAUGGGACGCAACAACGGGAUGCAAUACGGUCAGAAGACUUUCAAGAUGAUGCCAACCGUGAACUUGUAAGCAGAAAGCUGAAAUUGAACGAAUGGUUCAGCUUUUGUCUAAGUUGCAAUCAUGGUAUGCAUGCGGGCCACGCUGAAGAAUGGUUUGAUAGACACAACGUUUGUCCCACUCCAGGUUGCACUUGCCAGUGCAACAAGUAG